UUUCUCUCUUUGUCUAGAUAAAUCGCACACAAGUCACAAAGUGACAAAAUGUCAAAAGGCACAUGUGCUACAUUCACUACAUCUCCAGCAAAAUGGGCCCCCAAUCAAAUUAUAUCUAAUCGUUUUAAAAUUGGAAACUCUCUUCCAAUCAUUUUCCCCAAUUUGUGUUUAUCUUCUCCUCCUCACACAGUCACACACGCAUAAAUUGUGCUUACAAAAACCAAAAUCCAGCUCAUUUAUCCAUCGCCAUUUCUCAACAACAAAGAGAGGACAAAAAAAAAGGAAAACAGAAAAAAGGUUGAAAAUCCACAGAAUCAUCCAUGGCAGCGGCCAACCGCACCUUCCUCCACCUCCUCAUCCUCCUCUCCGCCGUCUCCAUCUGCAGAUCUGACGACCCGGACUGCGUGUACACGGCGUACGUGCGGACGGGGUCGAUAAUCAAGGGCGGCACCGACUCCGUAAUCAGCCUGACGCUGUACGACGCCAACGGGUAUGGGAUCCGAAUCAACAACCUGGAGACGUGGGGCGGGCUCAUGGGCCCGGACUACAACUACUUCGAGCGGGGGAACCUCGACAUCUUCAGCGGGCGGGGCCCGUGCUUGACCGGGCCGGUCUGCGCGAUGAACCUAACGUCGGACGGGACCGGGUCGGGCCACGGCUGGUACGUCAACUACGUGGAGGUGACGUCCACCGGGGUCCACCAGGAGUGCGCGCAGCAGCAGUUCGAGGUGGAGCAGUGGCUGGCCACCGACACCUCGCCGUACGAGCUCACAGCCAUCAGGAACUACUGCAAGUCGGCGUCGGCCGGAGGGAGGAAGCGGGCCGCCGGCGGGUCGGAUCUGCCGGCCCCGCUGUCGGUCAUAUGAUUAGGGAAGUGUGAAGUGCUCCCAUUUUUUGUGCGAGUUUGGAUGUAUUCGGGUCGGGUAAUGGGUAUUAUCCGGACCCGCUGCUUCGGGUUUUCUAUUUCUUUUUUUUUUUUUAAGUUNAGUUCUUUUUGUGCGCCUCUUUUUACCUUCUUGUCCCACUUGUGUGUAUUUCGUGGCCUCGGUCAAAACUUGAAGUUACCUGCACGGUAAAUCCAGGGAAUAAAAUAAAUUGAGGGACCAAAAUGCCCUUUCUGAUGAAAGGCAGAGUAUCAUGUUUGGUUUGGUGUACAAUAAAUGCGACUUUAAAGUUCUUUUUGGAUUACUACGUGAUUCACAUUAUUGGAUUAACUGGUCAUUUAUUAUUUAUCUAUUGAUUUUAGCCUGAUGUGGUUCGACAGCCUGUAGCAUAUAUUACUCAGUCUUGUGGCGUUAAGCCGGCCUAAAUAUUGAAUUAGCAUUACUUUUUUCACAAAUACAUAUGCUUAUUUUAUUUUCACAAAAAUAAAGUAUGGAGAAGUGUACAUUAAUGGUUGGAGGGUUUAACAUGGAACAAGUUAUGCGUCUCUCUGCCUUCGUUAUUUUAUUAUUUCAUUGCAUGUAAAAAAUUUUAUUCUACAGAUAGCAGUUGACUAUAUGUAGAGGUGUA